AUGGCGAAACCUAGUUACUUCUUCUUGUUGCUUUCUCUUGUCUCAUUCUGUUCGUCAACAACUACACAUCAUGAUGUCUUAAACCCACCAUUUCCUACAAACCCCACAACUACACCGCCGGUUACUACAUUUCCUCCGGUGACCAUAACGCCGACAAAUCCAGCCACAGCAGUUCCUCUUACUCCCCCACUCAUAACAAUCCCUCCUCCUACACUCACACCACCUGUCACCAACCCAGUGACUCAGUAUCCUCCAACACAACCCUCAGGAACGGUUCCGGUUCCUGUGAUUCCACCACCUGUUGUCUCAAACUCUCCAUCAGUUCCAGUGAUCCCACCACCUGUGGUCUCAAACUCUCCAUCAGUUCCUGUGAUCCCACCACCUGUGGUCUCAAACUCUCCAUCGGUUCCUGUGAUUCCACCACCUGUUGUCUCAAACUCUCCAUCAGUUCCAGGUCAAAGCUGGUGCGUGGCAAAGCCUGGAGCCUCUCAAACCUCAAUCCAACUUGCUCUUGACUACGCCUGCGGGCUCGGUGGAGCGGAUUGCUCUCAGAUACAGCAGGGAGGCAACUGCUAUUCGCCUAUCAGUCUUCAGAGUCAUGCCUCAGUUGCCUUCAACAGCUAUUACCAGAAGAACCCUUCUCCACAAAGCUGCGACUUUGGCGGUGCAGCCUCCGUAGUUAGCACCAACCCAAGCACUGGUUCUUGCGUUUACCAGACAGGUUCAUCGACAUCAACUCCAUUAGGAACAGCAACGCCAACUCCAUCGACACAAACAGUGAACCAGCCUCCUGUCACAACAACACCUAUAACACCAACAGGAGGCGGCAUAAUCGGGGUUGGAACUCCACCAGCAAUCUUUAACCCGGCGAAUCCUUCAUCAAACACUCUGACAAAUCCAUCAUCGGGAAGUGCUGCGAUUUACGGGUUUGAUGGUUCACCAAAUGGGAGCAAUCCAACAUCAUCAGACUCUACCUACUUGCACAUUCACUUUGGUCAUACUAUGGUGGCGACACUGAUUCUUCACGCAGUGCUAUUUCAUUAG